AUGCCCAGUCCGGCAUGCGAUGAGUCAAGUGCCGACAUGGAAGAGUGGCUUGUGUCCUUAUUGGACCACAAGUUUGCACAGCAAGAGGCUGUGAUUCGCGGGUUGCUUGAGCGAAAGCCUGAAGAUCGGAGCUUUCCGGACAGAUCGGCAUCAAACAUCUCUCCCACCGGCGUGGGUUCUCCAAGCAACGAGGAGGAUUCUCAAAGUGAUGCGGUAGCUCAACCCAUAAUUACCCUCAGAAGUGAUGCCACCAGCGAUGCCGGCACUUCUUCUCGAAGGCCUGAAAUGGUCAGGAAGAACACGGCAACGCUAGGAGCUGCGAUUAUGAUAGAGCGGUGGGAUCCGGAUCCACCAUGGAAAUCCUUCAUCAAGAAGCGGCUAGACGGAUACAUGGGAAUGGUGGUGAUCAUCAACAUGAUCUUUAUGGUCCUUAUGACGGAGUGGAUAGGCUCCCGAGCAGAGGUCGAUUUGAACUUAAGUCAAGAUCCUUGGCCAUUCUUUACGCAGGGAUUCUUCGACAUUUCCGAGUACUGCUUCUUCAUACUCUACGUCGCUGAUGUUGCGAUUCGGGUGGCUGUGCUCCGGAGGGAGUGGUUUUACGAUCCGCAGGAGGGCUUCAUGUACUUAAACCUCUUUGAUGCUGGUCUAGUGGGUCUCAGCACCAUUGAGCUCGUCAUCCUACCUGCAGCGUUGUCAGCUGGCGGAAACAAUGAAUUUCAGGCAAGUGCGAUCCGAAUAUUGAAGUUGAUGCGGAUUUACAGGACUUUGCGUGUUGUCAAAACCAUGCAUGUCUUUCGGCAGCUGAAGCUAUUGGUCAGAACCUGUGUUGCAAGCAUAGGGGCCUUGUUCUGGUCACUGGUACUUCUGCUCCUGUUGAACAUAGCAUUUGCACUGAUGAUCUCCCAAGCGCUCCAGACUUUCAUUUUAGACGACUCAGCAGAUAUGGACGCACGGCUUCAGAUGAAUGAUUGGUAUGGGAGUUUUACAAAGUCCUUCUACACCAUUUUUGAAGUGACUCACAGUGGUUCAUGGCCAUCACGUGUCCGACCAGUUCUUGAGUCGGUGGACCCAUGGUACGCGGCCCUGUUCUUACCUUACAUUGCAUUGGUAGUUUUUGCAAUCAUACGGGUGGUGACCGCCCUGUUCAUUAAAGAGACAUUGGCUAGCGCCGCAAAUGAUGCGGAGCUGGUCAUCGAAGAAACCAGGAGAUAUGCUCUGGAGUACCAAAAGAAGUUGGAGGAACUUUUCAGGUUUGUGGAUGAAGACGGCAAUGGGCAGUUGUCUCCGGAGGAGUUUGUAGAAGCCAUGAGCUUGCCAAGCGUGCAGCAGUACAUGAAGUUCCUGGACGUCAGCGUUCGAGAUGUGCGCCCUCUUUUCGACAUCCUCUCUGAGGGCGACGGUCUCAUCACCAUCGCCGAGUUCUGCAAAGGCCUCAUGCAGCUUAAAGGGCAGGCGCGGGCCCUGGACAUCAUCAUGUUGCAGCACGAAAACUCGAAGCUGAUGAAAAGGUGUGAGGACAUUCAUCGCAGUGUCCGCAGGGUAUGCAAGGCCAUAUCUACUACCUCUUGGGCGGGACGUCUCCAAGAGACCUGA